AUGAUGCAGCAAAGAGAUUUCUAUGGGAAUGAUUACAUAUACAAACAUAUCAAAUAAGUAAGUUUACAGGAGUUUACAGAUUAAUUAUUCAAUCCCGUAAGGCAUUAGAAAUAAAUGGUAUUAUUUACACAGAAUGAGUAAAAAGAGCAAUAGGAGCUCUAUAAAUAUUAUGUCUAUUUAGGCGGUGGAAUAUUUGCAAUGUCAGCCUUAUCAGUAAUUUUCUAUAAAAAAAUUCCCUAUCUUAAUAGAAUAGAGAAAAGAUGGGCUAGAAUAUUGACAAAAGCAUUGUUACUCUUUGGACCACUCUAAGUCUAAUCUAUUUUUGGUCAAAGAGCUUAGUAUGAAUUAUUGGAUAGAUAGUUUAUAUAAUAUCAUAGACAAUUAUAAGAUUAUAUGUUCUCUGGUGACAUAAGAAAACUUAAACAAGACAUCCAAAUUAGUCCUGUAUGA